UCCUGCCAAAAAUAGACGUCGCCGUGGUUUUGAACUCUCUUUGACUGCGAUGGCGGGGUCAACGGCGAACCUCAGACUCCGCAGCCUUGGAUGGUGGAGAAAGUGGGCCAGAAAGGACUGGGCAAUCGCCACCCUCGCCUUCACCGUCAUCGUCUUCCUUCUCACUCUCAUCUCCAACUCUUUGCCCGACGAACCAGACUCCAGCGUCAGCAACCCCUUCGAUCCAACCACCGCCGCCGAUUUGGUCGACUUGACUCUGCUGCACGACGCCGAACGCAGAGGCGCCCUUUGCUUAGAUGGGAGUGCUCCCGGGUACCAUUUCCGAAAGGGGUUCGGAUCCGGAGCCAAAAAUUGGCUGCUUCACAUUGAGGGUGGAGGUUGGUGCAAUACAAUAGAGUCAUGUUCUUUGCGGAAAAGGACUCCAUUAGGGUCUUCCAAGUACAUGGAUCGUAGGGUUCAGUUUUCCGGGAUUUUGAGCUCUCAGCCGUCAGAAAAUCCUGACUUCUUUAACUGGAACAAAGUCAAAAUACGGUACUGUGAUGGCGCGUCUUUUGCUGGCCACCCCGAAAAUGAGCCCAAGAAUGGAUCAAAGCUUUACUUUAGGGGACAGCUCAUCUGGGAAGCACUUAUGGAUGAACUCUUGUCAAUUGGCUUGUCAAAGGCGAAACGGGCACUUCUUUCUGGAUGCUCUGCCGGUGGGUUGGCAACUCUUAUACACUGUGAUGACUUUCGAGGUCUUCUACCUAGGGAUUCAACUGUCAAAUGUCUUGCUGAUGCAGGUUUUUUUCUCGAUGAGAAAGAUGUUAACAAAAACUGGACCAUGAGAACUUUUUAUCGUGAUGUUGUGGUUCUUCAGGAUUUAGCAAAAAGUUUGCACAAGGAUUGUGUUGCAAGAAAGGAACCAGCUAAGUGUCUCUUUCCUGAAGAAAUUAUUAAACACGUUAGCACUCCAGUGUUCCUCGUCAACCCAGCUUAUGAUUUUUGGCAGAUACAACAUAUCUUGAUACCUGAAGCAUCAGAUCCGCAUGGCUACUGGAAAAAGUGCAAGCUGAACAUCUAUAAUUGCAAUCCUAGCCAGAUUGAAAUACUGCAAGGUUUCCGUCGUUCUAUGCUAAAUGCACUGAGCGAAUUCCAGAAAAGCAAGGUGGGAGGAACUUUUAUAAAUUCAUGUUUUAUUCAUUGCCAGACAUGGUUUUCUGAGACAUGGCAUUCACCCAGUUCUCCACGAAUAAACAAUAAGACAAUUGCAGAGUCUGUGGGUGAUUGGUACUUUAAUCAAAAUGUUGCAAAGCAAAUUGACUGCCCAUUUCCAUGCAAUCCCACCUGUAAUCAUAUGAAUUUCACUCAAUUUUCGCGAGGUUGAUUGGACUCGAGAUUACAUCCCACUUAUGAUUGGUCAUUCCCAAGUUUAGACCUCUACGAUCUCAGUAUACCAUGAUGGAAAUGUUCCCUCGUUGUCCAGAGCCUGUAGAUACUGAUAACAAAGGUGUGUAGAAAAGAACAAUUUAUAUUUGACAUGACGCCUUUAGACGAGGAGAAAAGGUUUCUGUAUAUUUUACAUUGCAGGGUCAGCGUUAACCAGAUGGAUGUCAUUUGCUUUGAAUCUCUUUUGUACCUUGAUUACCUGAAAAGGAAUUUUUCUCAUGCUGGAUUUGUAGCAAAUUCUCGGUUUCAACUCUUUUUGGACAGGCAAUGCUGCUUGUAAAGCUCCUCCUACAAAUGUCUGUUUAUAUUAUUUAUUUGA